GCUGUGACAGCGCUCAUCACCCUCUGAACAACCAGGACGGGUUGCAUCCGAGCAAUCGCUGCUGCCUUUCGCAGACGGAGUUUACAAGCCUUUGCGCCGCUUUUUCUUUCGAUCUUUUUUCCCGCCGCACCCCCUCCCUCUCCCGGUGCUGCCCAGCCGCUCGACCAUGGUUUCUAUAAUUUCAGACCUGGACCCUCUGAAAAGCUGGAACGUGUUAAGGCAGGACGCCAGCGACCUCUCUGGACCGAUACAAAGUAACGGCACGGCCGGGAAGAUGAACGGGGCGCUGGAGCACUCGGACCAGCCAGACCCGGACGCCAUCAAGAUGUUUGUGGGUCAGAUCCCGCGCUCCUGGUCGGAAAAGGAGCUGAAGGAGCUGUUUGAGCCGUACGGCGCCGUCUACCAGAUCAACAUCCUCCGAGACCGCAGCCAGAACCCUCCACAGAGCAAAGGCUGCUGUUUUGUCACGUUUUACACAAGGAAAGCUGCCCUUGAAGCCCAGAAUGCACUGCAUAACAUAAAGACCUUAACAGGGAUGCACCACCCCAUUCAGAUGAAACCUGCAGACAGUGAGAAAUCUAACGCGGUGGAAGACAGGAAGCUGUUCAUCGGCAUGGUGUCGAAGAAGUGCAACGAGAACGACAUCCGGGUCAUCCGGGUCAUGUUCUCUGCGUUCGGACAGAUCGAGGAGUGCCGGAUCCUCAGAGGGCCCGACGGGCUGAGCAGAGGAUGUGCGUUUGUCACGUUUUCCACCAGAGCUAUGGCACAGAAUGCAAUCAAAGCCAUGCACCAGUCUCAGACCAUGGAGGGCUGCUCGUCUCCCAUCGUGGUGAAGUUCGCCGACACGCAGAAGGACAAGGAGCAGCGGCGUCUGCAGCAGCAGCUGGCGCAGCAGAUGCAGCAGCUCAACAGUGCGACCACCUGGGGGAGCCUGACGGGCCUGGGUGGCCUCACCCCGCAGUAUCUGGCUGUAAGGAGCGCCGCCGCGUCGCCCACCUCCUCCUCCACCAUCACCUCCUUCUCCACCCCUCACUACAGCCCCGUGGCCAACGCCGCCACAUUGCUUCAGCAGGCAACCUCCUCCGGUAACCUCGGAGCCUUCAGCGGGAUCCAGCAGAUGGCCGGUAUGAGUGCUCUGCAGUUGCAGAACCUGGCCACUUUAGCAGCGGCAGCGGCGGCGGCCCAAAACUCGGCCAGUCCCUCCACCGCAAACCCCCUGUCCACCAACGCCGCCUCCUUGGGAGCGUUGGCCAGCCCAGCGGCGGGCACCACAGCCAGCUCCAACGCCGGCGCCAUGAACUCUCUGACCUCUCUGGGCACCCUGCAGGGCCUGGCAGGCGCAACUGUGGGCCUGAACAACAUUAAUGCACUAGCAGGUAGCGUCAACAGUAUGGCGGCUCUAAACGGAGGCCUGGGCGGCGCAGGGCUUACCAACGGGACGGCGGGCACCAUGGACGCGCUGACGCAGGCUUACUCAGGGAUCCAGCAGUACGCCGCCGCAGCGCUGCCCACCCUCUACAGCCAGUCCCUGCUGCAGCAGCAAGGGGCCGCCGGCAGCCAGAAAGAGGGUCCCGAAGGCGCCAACCUGUUCAUCUACCACCUGCCCCAGGAGUUCGGAGACCAGGACAUACUGCAGAUGUUCAUGCCUUUCGGAAACGUGGUCUCUGCCAAAGUCUUCAUCGACAAACAGACAAACCUUAGCAAGUGCUUCGGCUUCGUCAGCUACGACAAUCCAGUGUCGGCACAGGCAGCCAUCCAGGCCAUGAACGGCUUCCAGAUCGGCAUGAAGCGGCUGAAGGUGCAGCUGAAGCGCUCCAAGAACGACAGCAAACCGUACUGAUCUUAGCACUAGGGUCUAUCUGCUCCCCAUGUUAGCACUGCUAGGGUAAGUCCCCCCUCAAAAAGGUGAAAAUGAAAAAAAAAACAGCAAACCGAGCC